GUAUGAUCGCGUUCGAGUUCUCCAGCUUUACUUCCCGUCUCUACAACUCCAGCAGCUUGGUAUUCAGUGCUUCUCCUUGCGUCGAGCUACUCCCCAGUGUGAUCCGCUUGGAGAACGCCUGUCUGCCCUCUGGAGUCCUGCACCGUUCCUCUUCGAUUCCGGUUCCUGUGUGCUGUACGACGUUCCAGCCCUCCUCGUUGUGCGUGCGUGCAGUACACACAGAGUCGUUCCUGUGUUCUUCUGACUUCAUCAUGAAGAGGACCGCGUCUGGUGUUCCCGUGGCAGCCGGCCAGCCCUCAGCAUCGGGAGCCCUCCAGCCCUCGACAUCGGGAGCCUGCCAGCCCUCGACGUCGGGAGCCUGCCAGCUUGUGUCAUCUCAGGUAUGUGCACCGUCACCAGGGAAUGGGUGUGCGUACUGUGGCAAAUUGUUUUCCGCUAGCCGUAGUGCCAGACGGCAUGAGCGCAUCUGCGCAGCUAAUCCUGGCUGUAAUACAACAAGCCAAUGUCAUAUCUGCGGUAUGACAAUAAUCCGCAAGGACAGUUUGGCCCGCCAUAUGAGAACGUGUGAGGGCACCGUCGAGCACAGCACAGGCUCGAGGUGCAUUCACUGCGGGCAGCAAUUCAAAUAUAGCCAUGAUGCCAGACGCCACGAGAAGAGCCAGUGCUCAUUCAACCCUGAGCGCAUUGCAUUUACAUGCACUACAUGCCAGGGCGAGUUUACCCGCAAAGACAAUCUAUUGACGCACAUCAAGACGUGCAAGGGUCUGGCUCCCAAGAGACGGUGCGUAGACGUGACCUCCGGCCUGCAACAGCCCGGCCCCAGCACUCGUCCGCAAUACGUGGCGAGUGUGCCCGACCAGGCACAGCGAGACUUGAAGGCGCAAGCGCCUGACCAGGCUCAGGUUGACUUGGAGGCAGGCGGUACCGGGUUCGUUGAGGCGGAGAGUGCGUUCCGCAGAAAUUUAAAGACCUUAGUGGCAGUCAACAAUGGUGCGACCAAAGACAUUUGCACGUACCUGGGUGAAAUGAAAAAUAACUUGAUCAAUCGCAUUUCCCAGGAAGUACGUGAAAACGGCCCAGUGAAGUUCAAUGUAUGGCUUGAAUGCGAUUAUGCCAAGCCCGCUCCCUUCGAUGAAGGUGUAGACAAGAGGGCUUUCAAGACGAAGAAUGUACCCAUCUACGAAGAGAGCGACAUUGAAGAGGCAGUAACAGAAUGCAUUGAGAAAAUAUGUAGGGAGGAAGACGAAUACGUCAGCAAAGGAUCCGGGUGGACUCUGUCUGCAGUAAAGAAAAUUCAGCUCCGCUUCAACAAGUUAGUACCACUGCGAGUCUCCUCCUACAUUGAUCUGCCUGCCGCCAUCAAGAACCGUGAGGCGUGCAUAAACCCUAAGAACCUGGAAGACAACGAGUGCUUCAAGUGGGCCAUACUGGCGCGGUACGUGGAGGGGGUACAUGCUGAACGUGUGGACAAGAGGUACCACGACCUGGAGGGAAAAUUUGAUUUUUCAGGAUUGGAGUUCCCUACCCCCCUCCACCAAAUCAAAGUGUUUGAGCGAAACAACAAAGAAGUGUCUGUCAACGUCUACAACAUUGACGAGAACGACAAGAUCGCGCCAGUGCGUGUGGGGAAGGAGGAAAAGCAACAUCAUUUCGACCUCCUGCUUCUGUCGAACGAAGAUAGUAACUCUCAUUUCUGCUAUAUUAAGAACUUCUCAAGACUCGUCAGGCCUCAGAUCACCGCCCACACAGAAAAAAUCCAUGUCUGCAAGAGAUGCUUCACGUACUACGAUGACCAGCACCGAGUUUCAGGGCUGACAGGGCAGCAGUGUCUCGACGCGCACAGAAAGUUCUGCAACACCCAUGCUCCCGUACACGUCGAGAUGCCUAAAGCUGACCAGAAUGGCAAGCCACCUGUCAUGGAGUUUCAAAAUUACCACCACAUGACAAAGAUGCCCAUCGUCGUUUAUGCAGAUUUUGAAGCCCUGCUAGUACCCAUCUCAUCAUGCCAGCUGGACCCCCAGCAAUCAGGCACCUAUGCAUAUCAAAAACAUGAAGCAUACAGUUAUUGCAUAUAUGUAAAGGUCAACAAUAGCGUGAUCCCAGCCACGCCCACCGCCUCGCUGCCACAAGAGCCGAUGCUAUACAGGGGGCCCGAUGCUGAGGCAAAAUUCGUGGAGGAUAUAGUCGAUAUUGGGAAUCAGGUGAAGGAAAUAUACCAGACCAGCCUGCCCAUGACGCCGCUGACGGCUCAAGAGAAUGCCAGAUUCGCCGCAGCCCAACAGUGCUGCUACUGUAAUACAGUAUUUACGACUGAUAACUAUAAAGUCAAGGACCACGACCACUUCAACGUUUUCGAGAACUUUCGUCAGCUCUGUCUCGACACGUACGGGCUUGACUGCAGUCACUACGUCAGCUCCCCAGGGUUCACGUUCGACGCCAUGUUGAAACAGACGCAGGUACGGCUGGAACUGAUGACCGAUUAUGAUAUGUAUAUGUUCAUCGAAGCUGGGAUCAGGGGUGGGGUGGCACAUGUGGUGAAGCGUCACUGUAAGGCCAACAACGUCUGCCUUCCCCGCACCUACGAUCCCAGCCAGUCAUCGAAGCACAUACUCUAUCUGGACGCCAACAACCUCUACGGAUGGGCCAUGUCGCUGCCGCUGCCAGUCAGAAGCUUCAGAGAGACGCGCGGAACCAGCGACCGCUUCGAGGGCCGGCGGCUGCGGCCUCGGGCGGCCGAGUGGAAGUGGAUUGCGAGCGAGCGCUCGGCGGGCGAGGCAUGA